GAGGAAAACUCAGAGUUUUUGAGUUUCACAAAGAGAGUUUCCUCCCCCUGUUUGGGUUACCAUGGUAACAUUCUCUCCAGAUCUAACAUGGUUGGCAGCUGGUUUUUCAAUGAACCCUGAGUGUACCGUGUCUCCGCCCUCUAAGCCACUCACUCACUUCCUGAUUGAAUCAGAAUGCGCUGGUAGGUCUGUGCAAACAAUAAAUGAAAGCCCGUUUAUUUUAGACGCAGUAAGCGUUAAACAUGGCGUGUCCUUUUGACGAGGAUCCAAUAGAUGAAGGAGCGGCAUUAAUCCGCAGAGAACUCAUCUGUCGUCGGCAGAGGAUUCUCAGACCGCGCAUAGACGUCCUCUCCCAUUCAGACAGUUUCCUUUAUGAGCGCUACCGUUUCACCUCACAAUCAAUCACAUACAUCCACGACCUGGUUCAUCCACACAUUAGCAACAUUACGCGCCGGAGUCUCGCUCUCACGUCCCAGCAGCUUCUGUGCGUGGCGCUGCGUUUCCUGGCCAACGGCUCGUUCCUGUACAACGUGGGAGAAGCUGAGCACAUCAGCAGGGCGACGGUGUCCAGAGCGGUGCGCAGGGUGUGCCUGGCCCUCAAACGACUGUUACCCAACUUUGUUCACUUCCCUGGGAAUAAACCCAUCGAAUCCAUCAAGGAGGAGUUCCACAGAAUUGCAGGAUUUCCAAACGUUAUUGGAUGCAUAGAUGGAACCCAGAUUCCCAUCAAAGCUCCCUCACAUAAUGAAGCUGAUUAUGUGAAUAGGCACUCUAUUCACAGCAUCAAUGUGCAGAUAAUCUGUGAUGCUGGGUGUUUAAUCUCGAACGUUGAGGCAAAGUGGCCUGGGUCGGUCCAUGAUUCAAAAAUAUUUCAGGAAUCUAACCUCCGCAACAGACUACAAGGUGGAGAGUUUGAUGGGUAUUUGCUGGGAGACAGGGGUUACCCUUGCCAGCCAUGGCUGCUGACCCCUUACCCUGACCCAGAACCAGGUCCCCAACAGAACUUCAACCGGGCUCACUGCAAAACCAGAGCCCGGGUGGAUAAGACCAUAGGCCUAUUGAAGGCCCGUUUCCAGUGCCUACAUUACCUCAGGGUGACCCCUGAGAGGGCCAGGGAUAUAAUUGCAGCUUGUGUUGUUCUUCACAAUAUUGCCAUUAUUAGAGGGGAACAACACCCUGCCCUACACAUGGAAGACUUUGAUGACGAACCCCUGCAUCUACCAGCCAACCAGGAUGGGAGGGAAGUGAGAGACGCCGUAUGCAAGGAUCACUUCUCAGUAUAAUUCACCGUCAUCCCCCCUGCUUAAAUAAAAAGAACCAUGACAUACAUUCUACUUUGUCUUUAUUUCCUAUAAAUAUACAUACAGAAGUUAGGUUUUGCAUCCUUCCAAAAACCUAGGACUUAUGCUCCAGGACGGCCUUUCUACUUUGGCAGUCCAGGUAAAAAUAUUUCUUUAUCCAUCUUUUCACUUUUCUUUAAGAAGUAGAUCUUAUACACUUCUCUAACAGGUAGCUGGGGAUAAAGAAAGU